GCUGCGCGUAGCGGGGCACGGUAGCCGGAAGCCGGAAGCGCGACAGCACCGAGUGAGGGGCCGAGCGCUGUGCCCCCUCCGCUCCGCUCCGCUCCCCUCCGCCGGGCCGGCCGGAGCGCCGCGGAGCCGCCCGCCGCCAUGUCCAACAUGGAGAAACACCUGUUUAAUUUGAAGUUUGCUGCAAAGGAACUCAACAGGAACUCAAAAAAAUGUGACAAAGAAGAAAAGGCUGAGAAAGCUAAAAUUAAGAAGGCAAUUCAGAAGGGUAACAUGGAAGUCGCACGAAUACAUGCAGAAAACGCAAUCCGCCAGAAGAACCAAGCCAUCAAUUUCUUGCGCAUGAGUGCCAGGGUAGAUGCUGUAGCAGCAAGAGUUCAGACUGCAGUGACAAUGGGCAAGGUAACGAAGUCAAUGGCAGGGGUAGUUAAGUCUAUGGAUGCCACACUGAAGAGCAUGAACUUGGAAAAGAUAUCUGCACUGAUGGAUAAAUUUGAGCAUCAGUUUGAAACACUAGAUGUUCAGACACAACAGAUGGAGGACACUAUGAGCAACACUACUACGCUAACAACGCCACAAAACCAAGUGGAUAUGCUUCUACAGGAAAUGGCAGAUGAAGCAGGUCUUGAUCUGAACAUGGAACUACCUCAAGGACAGACAGGUUCUGUUGGUACAAGCGUUGCUUCAGCAGAACAGGAUGAGCUGUCACAGAGACUGGCCCGCCUACGUGAUCAAGUUUAAGUUAAACAAAGCUGCAGUUCUUUGUACAUGCUUUCUGUAACUAACCCUUCACUACACUAAAACGGUGUAUACAGUAUGGCUUAGGUGUUUCAAUAUUUGUAAUGUAGGGUACUUCACUCCUAGCUUGCUACUCUUUCUAAAAUACAUUAAGUAACCCAAAAAUACCAGCUCUCUAAUGUCCUUUUCUGUACAUUUUGAAGUUGAUAUAUUUUUUGCAAGCUUUUUUCACGAAUCGAGUUGAUAUUCUAAGUCAGCUAGUAAUGUUGGUACAUUCUAGCUGAAAGAAAAGCAGAGCGUCAUUGAUAUAUAUUUUAAAUUAUGAAGUGAUUUUUUUAAAUUAUGAGAACUGUUUGUGGUUGGAGAACUGAUGUAUUCAGUUCAGAUGAUUGUUGUAGAUAACUUUUACACAGCCAAACUCCUGGAACACGCAGAGGUGGACAGCGUGGACUACAUGGAAAAUACACUUGUUAAAAUAAAUAAGUGGACUUCAGUCUGAGUUUUUUAGUCUCUUAAAGCUAGGCUAAUCAUGCUGAAAUUAGUAGUUUAGCUCAAAAACGAGUUACCAAAAGCUGUUUUCGUAUAAUUGGGAACUUGUACGGUGUCAUCACUUUAGUACAGGAGGAAUAAAAUAUAUUUUUCAACUCUUUGUCAGUUCUGUUGAAUGUUGCAGCUUACUCCUGUUUGAUGUCGAGUGCUCUAGCUUCUCUGUGUUGCUUUCUUCUCAGUGUCCUGGGCUGCACCCAGUUUUUCCACUCACCUCUGCUCCUUCCGACGUAACAGCCAGUUCCUGUGAAUAGGGAACUGAUUUUUUUUUUUUUUUAGGUUCAGAUUGAGAGGCUUUUUAUGAAGUAACUGAAGCCUGCUUUUCUCCCUUCCUUCUGGCCCCAUCUUUGCUUUUAAUCUAGCCGCUUUUUUAUACGUAAGGGCAAGUCUUGUGAUCAUACUCCACGCUUCAGUGUUCUUCCACAUACGGAAACCACAGCGGCGCUCUUCCCCAGGUUCGGAGCCUCCUUCAUGCAUCAGGCUCCCAACCUCGAACCAGGACACCCCCUUAGAUCAGCUUUUCCUCCUCUGCCCCUCACCGCAGGUGAGUAGUAGACGAGUAGAACGGGCAGGCUGCUAGACGUGUACAUCACUUGUGCUGGAUUAAGAACAGCCACUUUAUUUUGUAAGGUGUAACGUGGCUCUCUGCAGAUGAAAUGACGUGAUUUGUAAUACUGCGGUCUUACAGAGAAACUAGUUUGUUUUAGUGAUCCCUUUAUAUUUCUGCACAGUAAGAGAAUCUGCUGGCUGCUUUCAGUAGCUUCAAACUCUUGCUGCAGUUGUGAAGUAAAGAAAUGGUUGUAGAUGUUUGCGGCUGAGAUGUGUUUGUGAUAGUGGUGUUAAAAUUCUGACUUUUUGGGCUCAGUUUUUUUGUUUAAUCUUUGUAGGGAUGAGGGGAGGUGUGAAGCACUAGGCUUAGAAUUAGUUCUUAAUUCACUGGUGUUCAGGAUCGUGUGGGUUUUUCAGUGUUGGGGAAAUAAUUGAGUAAAACAACUGCUUAGUUUUUCUUUUAGUCAAGCAGGAUUUUUUCUAAAUGAAAACGUGCAAAAAGGAGGAAACAUUUCAGGGCAGUUUCAAACUGUAUUUUGAACGUGUUAUUCAAAUCACUUUGAAGGUUUAGCAGGGUGUUAUAUACUGAAGUACUCAAUGCUACUGUAAAAAUAAGAUAGGAAAAGAAGAUAGACAAAACAACCAAAAAUGUUGUGGAAUUGUGUAUCUCACUGGCAGCCUAAACAAAAGCAAUUUGUUUAAAAUGUGUCGUUUCACUUGUUUACACUUAUUUUCAAUGCAGCUUUCUUAUAAACAUCUUGAAUGUUCCUCCUGUAAAUGGGAGAAAUUGGAAGGUGUUUAAAAACCAUGUGCUCACAUCUAUAGUCUUGGUACAAUCCUUUCAAAGUAUUAAUAAAACAUCUUAGGAAAGGGACUAUACACUACUAGUUCUUUCUCCCUAGCUCCUUCUGGACAACAUCACAAAAACAUCAUGGUAAAUCUAUGCAACCAGGUUACCCGCAACGGUGGUAACGGCGUGUGUGUGCCUUUGCCUUGCUGAACUUGAUUUUUUUGAUAUUCAGUUACUUCAUAUCUCAUGAUAGGGUUGGAAGGUUACUGUUGUGUAAUAAAUCCACGUCUGAGUUUUACUUUGGGGUUGCUUGUUGACGGAGCUGUAGCAGGUACUACCGAGGAGUUGGGUGUCCGCUAUUAGAUGAGUUCAGCUAGCUUGCUGGGUUAUUGUAACGUUAAAGAUCCUGCUGCUUUUAGGCUCUUCCUGGCCGUUCCUAAAGUAUUUGUGGGGUAGAUGGCAAUUCUGAGAUCCCGUGUGUUUGAUUUUCUGAGCGUGUUGCCUUGCCAUGAGCCUUGGGGCUUUGGAGGAAUUUAAAAAUAAAGGGAGAUGAGGCUGAUCAGAUUGCUGCAACGUAAAUGUUAAAUAAGCUUCGUUAUCUUGCUGGCUGUACACCGCCUGGUCAUAGUUUUGAUCUUAGCCCAGGCUUGCUAAUUCCGGUACCGGAAUAGGUUUUGGUAUUCUUUUUUUUUUUUUAAAAGAAUUAACAAGGAGACAUAAAGGCUUGACUGACGUAAUUACGGUUAGCUCUGCGGGACUGUGAUGCAAAGAGGUAGGCAGGCUUAGCUGGCUUGGGGAAGAAACGUGUUUGAAACAAUGAAGUUUUGCUCCGUUGGCUUCACUCGGAGAACUGCGGCGGAUUUGAAGGGGUUUUGUGCUGGUUGCUUCUGUCUAUAGAUCUCCUGCCCUCUCCUGGGGAAAGUGAUGUCUUCUCUCUUUCGAAGCACUCGUGUGUGAGAGCUGGCGUUCAGAACACUUUAACAGUUACAUUUUUAAUGUAUAUAUUUUUCCCAAGUCUUUUGGAAAUGCUUCAAACUGCAAGUUACUCUUAGAGCAAUAUUUGAGUGUCGUAUCCUUCCUCCGUUCAGGCUCUCCUCCAAACAUUUGCUCCUUUUGAGCAGCUCUGGCUCCUCACUCCUACAUUGCUGAUGUUUUUUGUAAGCUGACUGUAUAUCUCUGUAGAAGUUCAUUUCAUGUUAAAUAAUCGUAUGGGCUUUUAGGUAACCUUCUUACCAGAUAAUAUUUCAAUAUUUAUGCUUAUGAGCAGGCAGAUCUGCAGUGAGACAUUGCUUGAAAUGUUGCGAGAUGGUUUUGCUCCAUGAUUUGGUUUUUUUUUUUCCUUUAGUUACUAAAACUGCUAGUGUGUAGUAGCAUCAGUCUUCAUUCAGCUGAACUCCGAAACUGAAAGCCAUGAAGAGCUUCAGAUGAAAGGAGAGGAAGGGAAAAGAAGAACAAGAACUUUAACUUUCUCGAUUGCAAUGAGAUAAAAUGAUCAAGUUGCCUUUGUGGAGAUCCUCAGAGCCAAAAAAAACCAGUGAAAUUUUGUUAAAUAUAAUCAGCGACUGUGUACAGAAAUAAAUUCUGAAGCUGGUGACGUGUAUAGAGAAGAGAAUUUUUUGUAGCUCUGGUAGAGUUCAUUUGGAAAACUGCUUUACUUGUAUGGGACAGUUUGUAAAUGUAACUGCAAGUGGUAAAUAAAAUUGUACAGACA